CUUUGAUGUGUUGACGUUCAACCAAUCAGGGCUCGAUGUGUUACAUCUGUCGCCUAAGUAUUUGUCUGGGCAGCCAAUGAGAGGCGGGGCUUAGUUGAUGGAUGACUGGAGUUUCCCUUGCGGUCUGAAGAUUAAUGGAAGAGGUCUGUUGAUUUGAAGAAUCGACAGUCUGAUGGUCGGACCAAGGAAUUCAUUGACUCAUACGGAUUAUUUAGGAACGGAUGGAGAUAUUUCAAUUUAAGUAACAGACUGAAAAAAACGAGUUGCCCGGAUAGAAAUUCUGGAAUCCAGGUCUUAACUGCCAAGGCCUGCCGUUACACAGAGAUAGCACCUGGUUAGUUCAGGCCAGGAUUCGACUGCAAGGAACGCUGGAAGCUAAUAGCAAGCUAGGUAAAAUACGGAAACGUCUUAUUGUCGACGAUUUGCAUUUGAACUGGACUCGGGAAACAUCCAAUCACAUCUGGAAUAACCAAAAGAAUCUGAGUCAACGACUUAGAAGGAAAAGUCAUCCGGAGCCGAGGAAGACGACCAUCAGGCUGCCGUCAUGGGCAACACGCCCACCGCAAAGAAGGGCAAUGAGAUGGAAAGUGUGAAGGAGUUUCUUGCCAAAGCCAAAGAAGAUUUCCUGAAAAAAUGGGAGAAUCCAGCACAGCAAACUGCAGCAUUAGAUCAUUUUGAGCGUUUGAAGACCUUAGGCACUGGUUCGUUUGGUCGAGUCAUGUUGGUUAAACACAAAGACACCGGCCAGCAUUUUGCCAUGAAAAUACUUGACAAACAGAAGGUAGUCAAGCUGAAGCAGAUAGAACACACGCUGAACGAGAAACGCAUCCUGCAAGCUGUCAGCUUUCCUUUUCUGGUGCGAUUGGAACACUCUUUCAAGGAUAACAGCAAUCUGUAUAUGGUGAUGGAGUAUGUGCCUGGAGGUGAAAUGUUCUCACAUUUAAGAAGGAUUGGUAGAUUCAGUGAACCACACGCCCGUUUCUACGCAGCCCAGAUUGUACUAACCUUUGAGUACCUUCACUCCUUGGAUCUCAUCUAUCGAGACUUGAAACCAGAGAACCUGCUGAUCGACCAGCAAGGUUACAUACAGGUAACAGAUUUUGGAUUUGCAAAGCGGGUCAAAGGUCGAACUUGGACGCUGUGUGGGACUCCAGAGUACCUGGCACCAGAGAUCAUCCUGAGUAAAGGUUACAAUAAAGCAGUGGACUGGUGGGCUCUGGGAGUUCUGAUAUACGAGAUGGCUGCUGGGUAUCCUCCCUUCUUUGCAGACCAGCCCAUUCAGAUUUAUGAAAAGAUUGUUUCUGGGAAGGUUCGCUUCCCUUCUCACUUCAGCUCAGAUCUAAAGGAUCUUUUGAGAAAUUUGCUGCAAGUUGACCUGACCAAGCGCUUUGGCAACCUCAGGAAUGGAGUCAGUGAUAUCAAGGGUCACAAAUGGUUUGCCACCACAGACUGGAUUGCCAUCUACCAGAAAAAGGUUGAAGCUCCUUUUAUCCCCAAAUGCAAAGGCCCCGGUGACACGAGCAACUUUGACGACUACGAGGAAGAGGAAAUCAGAGUUUCCUUCUCAGAGAAGUGUGCAAAGGAGUUUGCAGAAUUCUAGAUUUCAACCUUGAGUAGCAGGGAGAGGGGCAGAAAUUGCCAAGUAAAAAGGGGAUCUGAAUCCACGAAACACUUGUGUGGACUGAUAAUUUGCUCAUUUGUUAUGAGGAAAAAGUAAAAUCCCCCAAAUUUGGAAAGGUAGGUGACGAACGAUCUACAGAACCAGCAGUGUUGCCUUUUCUGAUUGUUUCUCAACUGUUCACUAUUAAUUUAUUUAUCCCUAAUGUGUUUGUGACAGGAUCUUGACAAGAACAAGCAUAGGUUGUUGCUGUUCAGCUAGAGUUGUUCUUUUUUUUUUUUUUUUUCUUCUGAUGGCAUGAUAACACAUUUGCAGUCUUUCAAGGUGGAGGCACAGAUUUUCUAGUGGAAGGUACUGAAUCUGUUGGGCUCAUUCUGUCGAUCGGGCCUGCUCUACAAGCUUCUUCAGCAACUGUAGAGUGAUUGUUGUAUCCUGUCAGCCUGGUUCCCCUCCAUCUCUCCAACUGGAUUCUGUCCAAGCAAUACCAAGUCCAACAGACGUGCCUAUCAUAACGCCAACUGGUUGGAAAACUUUGUCGAACGUGAUGGUGCAGAGUUUUGACUAUGGUGGCGUCGACCACUGUGGCCAUGUGGUUGAAAGCUUGAAAAACCGUCUGCACCUGCCUUUGUCUGCUCAAUGUGGCAUGAUUACUGGGAAGAUGAUGCACUCUGCUGCUUGCGUUGAAAGCAGCGGUCUCUUCAAUCAGAAUGAAGUUAUUUAUCACAGUAAACUUCCUCAAGGCCACUGAGAGAAGUAAACAUGAGGUCUGUCUUUCUUCUUAGCUGAAUUUAUUAGCGCAUUUAAAAAAAUUCUAUUGGUGAUUAUUUUGUCCU